CUAUUCGACAUGGACGGCACGAUCAUAGAUUCGACGCCCGCGAUCGUACAGCAUUGGCAUAAAAUCGGCAAAGAGCUAGGAAUCGACCCGAACGUUAUUUUGGAGACCUCCCAUGGACGACGGUCAAUCGAUGUGCUGCGAAUCUACGACGAGUCAAAAGCGAAUUGGGAGUACAUCACCCACGCCGAAGCCCAGAUCCCCCUCCUCUAUGGCUCCUCGGCCGUCGAGAUCCCCGGCUCCCGCGCGCUGCUCGAGACCCUCGAAUCCGUCGCCGCGCCCUGGGCGAUCAUCACGUCCGGUACGAAGCCGCUGGUCACCGGCUGGCUCGACGUGCUGCGGCUCGCGCACCCGCGGUGCUUGGUCACGGCGGAGGAUGUGGCGGAGGGGAAGCCGAGCCCGGAGGGGUAUGCGAUGGCGGCGAGGAGUUUGGGGCUACGACGGGAUGGUGGGGAGGGGGUGCUGGUGCUGGAAGAUGCAGCAGCGGGGGUGAGAGCUGGGAAAGCGGCGGGGUUCAAGGUGGUUGCAUUGGCGACGACGCAUACGGUGGAACAGCUGGUGCAGGCCGGAGCAGAUUGGGUGGUUCAAGACAUGAGAAGCGUGAGGUUUCUGGGUUACGGUCCGGAGAAGGGAGUUGUGACGGUUGAGAUUCGGGAUGCGCUGCGGUAGUGGCUGGAGAGGAGAGCUACAGUUGAAGCAUCAUGUCAUCGGAGAAUGUGGAGCGUCAGUGAAGAGUUGGGCGUUGGGAGUGAUCCUGGGAGAAUUCCCUGGAUCGACGGUGAAUCCUUCAUUCAAAUCAGGGGCUCAUCAGGAGUUCUAGAUACUUAGACAUGCAUCGCAAUCGAAGGAUACACUGCUACAUGUGUGGCCUUAUGCUCCACAAUGUACCAGUAUGACGGAUUGAUACUGGAUAAUUAGGGCAGAACGGAAGCAUUGUGGGCCUUGGAUACCGUAGUAGGUGGUUCGGUACUCCGUCCCGUUUGUACAAUACCUAUCUAUAGUAGGAUGCUCUUC